AUGCCCUACCUCGCCGGCGGCCUUGACCAGGCCUUCUGGGGUAGUGUCGUGCCGCAGGUCUAUUGGACUGAGCUGGUGGUUUGGGACGCUGUGAAUGCAAUUAGCACGCUGUUUAAGAGUCCAAACCUCUAUGCUGAUUUCGUGUUUCUGAGACUCAGGGAUGAGAAGGCGCCGCAGUUGAAUUGGCAGCAGGGCGAGGCGCUGGGCUGGUACGCGCGGUCGCUGGCGAAGAUCUGCACGGAGAUUGACCGUGGAAGUGCGGAUUUGCAGGUUGCGCUCGUUAGCUGUGUGUUGUUUAUGUAUAUUGAGAUGCUGCAGGGGCGUGUCAAGGAGGCGCUGCAGCUCUAUUACCAAGGCGUUAGGUUGAUUCUCGAUUUGAGGGUCGGCGGUGGUGCGUAUUUGGUUGCGCUGCUAGAGAGUAUGAUUGUGCCGCUGUUCAUCUGGCUGGGGAUAGUUGCAUUGAUAAUUUCGGGUAUUCUAGCCUGCGAUUUGUUUGACCUAUUAGACUUCCAGGGGGUGUAUCACUUUAUAUCACUGGAAUCAGCCCGCGACGCCCUAAUGCUACUAGCGUACAAAGUCCUUCUUCUUCAAAAGGACGCCGGAAGCAACCCUUGGCUCGGGAUUUAA